CUGAACAAAGCAGCACUUGCUCACUAUGCUGCCUCUCCUUGCCCUGUUUCUCCUGAUCGGGCCAGCAGUGUCCACUACAACACGAGACAGAGAGGACCUGACUUUCGGUGCAGAAGCAGAGUCUUGGGUGACCGUGAACCUGAAGGGAAUCCCUGUCCCCAGCAUCGAACUUAAGCUUCAGGAAUUGAAGAGAAGCAGGACUCGCCAGUUCUACGGUCUGAUGGGGAAGCGGGUGGAGGGAGUACAUCCCAUCCAGUCAGCGGAGAGAACAGGGUAUCAGCUGGGACGUAUAGUGCAGGACCUCCUUGGCACCAGAGGGUUGUCCGUCGAAGGAAGCUGCAGACGGGAGACAAAUCACCAGAGUGCAGGGCCUGGAGCGGUGGCCAGAGAAAGCCUCCAGAGUAAAGAGGAAGAUCAGAGGCCCCUAACCACCAGCAACAUGUAGCACUGUCCUUGGGCACAGAAGAGGAUGACCAGAGCUCAGAGAGAGCCCCAAGGGAUGCCUCCCAAACGAUGCCACGCCCAUCUCGCCCCUGAACAU